GCGGAGCGAUUGAGUAAAGAGGACGAGCAAUCAAAACGAUUAUGUGAUAAAGUAUGUCCUUACUUUUUCUUUCAUUCAUAGUAUACGAUAUCCUCAGUGAAAUAGUUAUUUAUUUUUGUCAAAUCGUCCGUGCUAUUUCAGGAAACGUGUUGGUUAUAUAAUCCUGAAACACAAUAUGUGAUGAAAAAGAAGUAAAACUUCAAUAGCGGAAUAAGUGUAUUUAUUCGAAAAUAUAGCGAUGGAAAACUAUAUAAAUCACACAACUUUAUCGAACUGAAAAUGUGAAACUUGCAGGCUUUAACACAGAAACACUUAGAUAGAAAUAAGCUUUGGUAUAUGGAACUUGUGUAAAUUGUGAAGAAUAUACUUCGUAUGAAGAAACGUGAUUCUUAUUAAAAGUGCCAAAAGGAUGACCCGUUUGGAUAUGAACACUAUUUCUUCAGGAUUUUGUAUUCUGUUACAGUUUUUAACGUUUGUUGGUGGAAUACAGUGGCUGUCGUUGGCCAAAAUGUCCAGUCUUUCAACUAUACAGAUUCCAGAAACAUGUGAUUCACUCGUAGGACUUGUUAAAAGACAAAGAAAAAUUUGUCGUAAAAAUAUUGAAAUUAUGGACAGUGUUAAAAACGGUGCUAAUAACGCUAUACUAGAGUGUCAAUAUCAAUUUAGAAAUAGACGAUGGAACUGCAGUAUGGUGGAGACAAGAAAUAUAUUUGGAAAUGUUUUAAAAUUAGGCACGAGAGAAGCAUCGUUUGUGCACGCGCUGUCGUCUGCGGGAGUGGCACAUGCCGUUACUAGGGCUUGUAGUAGUGGCCGCUUAACACAAUGUGGUUGUGAUAGAACAGUUAGUGGACCUAGUGACCAGGGAUUUGAAUGGUCAGGGUGUUCAGACAAUAUUGCUUUUGGAAUAGCAUUUGCAAAAACAUUUGUUGACGCUAGAGAAAAGCGUAAAAGAAAAAACAAUAAAAAUAUAGGAAGACAAUUAAUGAAUAUUCAUAAUAAUCAAGCUGGAAGAAAGAGUAUCGAAAACAACAUGAGAAUAGAAUGCAAGUGCCAUGGUGUGUCAGGAUCGUGCGAAUUACGGACUUGCUGGCGAGCUAUGCCAACCUUUAGAGAAGUCGGCUCCAAAAUAAAAGAAAAAUUCGACGGAGCAACAGAAGUUAAAUUAGUUUAUACAAACACUUUACCAAGACUUGUGCCUGUAAAUCCAGAAUUCAAAGCACAUACAAGUUCAGACUUAGUUUAUUUAGUUGCUUCUCCCGAUUUUUGUGAACCAGACCCAAAAUCUGGUUCUUUGGGAACAAAAGGCAGAAUCUGUAACAAAAACUCCAAAGCAAUUGACGGUUGUGAUCUAUUGUGUUGCGGACGAGGAUACGAAUCCCGGAAAAAGAGGAUUGUAGAAAGAUGUUACUGCAAGUUUCAUUGGUGCUGUUACGUAUCAUGUCAGGAGUGCGUGCGCGAAGUCGAGGAACAUUAUUGCAAAUGAAAGAAUCAAAAUCAUCGGCUGUUAGUGGACUACAAAAUUCACCAGAAUGAUAUUACAGUAAAAUGAAAUCCAAACAUUAUAUAUCACGAGUCAUAAAGUCAUUUCCCGCACAAAGUGCUUGUAAAGUAUUUACAUGUAUGCAAUCGAAACAAGAAGAGGAGCUCCGAGUAUGACAAGUAUGAAGAUGGAAGGAACAUUGAUCAAAUGUCUUCUUUUUAAGAAAUCUCAGGUUAAUCAAUUUCUUAUCAUUUACAGUAAGACUGAAAAAGGCUGUGAUUAUUCUGUGUACAUUAACGAAUAUAAGGAAAGUCAAAUGAUUGAACUUUGUACGACUUUUGUACAUUACAUUCGUAAUAAUACUGUAAAUGAUACACGAUAUUACUUAAGCACAUGUGCCUCGACAGUAUGCAAAUGUGUUUUGAUUAUGUUCAACAUGUUAUUACUGUAGAUAUUAAAUACAUGUGCCUUAUUGUUAAUGUAUCAUGUACGACUGUAGGUUGGUCUUCACCUUAAUCAUUAUUAGCGUCGGUAGCACAGUAGUGGUUUCCUGUUAACACCUCGCGAAACCACUCAAGUGUAAUCGACAACCUAUCACUGUAAGUGCUAUUGUCUGUGGUUUCACAGCUAUCGCCAGUGUCACAACCGUUGUUUCGAAUCUGCAAUAACCAUCAUACCAUAUAAUAGAUAUGUUAAUAUAAAAUAGAUACAUUUUAUAUAGUUUCUAUGUAUGUAAAAAUACUUAUUUCUACUUCAUAUCAGUAAGCAUUUAUAUAUACUGUUGAUUUCGAUAACUUUUGUGACACUGGUGAUGAUUAUUACUAAAAAUGUUAAUAUUUAUGUUAAUUUAUGUUAAGUAUGUUUCAGCACACUGCCCUUUUCUUGCCUUCAAAUUUCAUUCUUUCCUUUAUAGAAAAUUAAAUGAAAAUUUCAGAAAUUAAGAGUUUUGUUAUAAUAUUGUAUAUUAUCGCUAUUUUAUGCAUUUUUCAUUUGAUCUUUUUUUGUGAUAAUUUUCAUAUCAUGCUUCUCGCUUGAGAUGGAAAAAUUAUCACUAGAAACUAAGGAGGCCACGUGGCGUUGCUAACGAAAUUGACAUUGAAAUUUGAAAAUUGACAACGUCGUCAUAGGUAAAAUAGCGAUAAACAGAUUAUCAUUGGUCAUCUCAACUCGAUUGCUUUUCUCACUUUCGCUGUACCAGCUCAAGCGAGAAAAUCAAUCUCGUUGAGAUAAUCAACGAUAAUCUAUAAAUAUCUCAAGUAUAUGAAAAAAUCUAAACAGUUCGAUCGAUUUUUAACAAUCUUUCAAUUUUCAAAAUAAAUGCAAUAUUAAAAAUUAAAAGAGAAAAAGCAUUAAUGAUAACAUCUCGUAGUCCGAUGCAUUCAUCUUUGUCAUAGACAGAAAUGCUAAACAGCAAAAUUAUUACCAAAAUUUUGUUACACGAAAAUUUGUAUAAAUUUGUAUAAGAAUAUAGAAUUUCAUUUCAUAAGUUGUAUUCAUUUAUUUCAUAGAUGUUUAAAGGUUAACAGGGCCAAACAAAAUCUCAGCAUUUCCCAAUUAAAAUCAAAAUGUAUCAUUAUCAAAUGUGCUGUUAUAUAUUAGUAUGUAGGUAUAUUAUAUACCUCUGAUACAUGUGAUAUGUUUUUGUUGUAAAAUUGUCUCAUGAAGUUAAAAAAUAUAGUAAAAAUAAAAUAUAUCUAUUUUGUUA